AUGAACGUCACGCCUGCCAACUUCGGAGACGCAUUGGUAAAGACGGCAGAUGGUGGGUAUCAGUCCUGGGUAGAUGAAGAAUGCGAGGGCGCAAGUUCUCCGUGGACGGGCUGGACGAGGGGGCGGCGAGAUGUGAUUGAUCCAACCAGGUCGAACUGGCAGUCUGAUACAGGGGGACGAGAUCAGAAAGGUGUGCAAGGGUGGGAUGGCCCCAUGCAAACAUACGUAGUGUUGCUUUUUGGCUCGCAUAAAGUAGCAUGGCGGUUUAGCUCUCGCAGAGGGCUAGGCGACAUGCCGCUACAGGCCAAUUGCGAUACAGCAUCUCUUCCGAUCGAACCCCGCAUCAACGCCAUGAGUUUCGUCCUUGAUCCACUGAUGAUUCGAGUUUGUUCGAUAGAGGCGCAACACCACUAG